ACAAAGUAUAGAAAUUUUAAAGUAAAUUAAAAAACCUUCAAUAAAUUCAAUUAAAGCCAAAGAAACUUCAAAACUUCCAAAAAAUAAUUCAUCAUGGCUCUAAAAAUGCCAGAAUUUAAGCCACCAACUUUAAAAAGUUUCCUAUUUUACUUCAACUUAAUCACUGCAAAUGUCGUCAUAGCUUGGAUUCACUUUGCAGUUUGUAUCUUAAUAAUUUUGGAAUUCUUAUAUUUUCUGGUUUUUAACACGUCGAAAGAGUUAAAAGUUGAAAAUAUUGACAUUAAAGUUGAUCCUGAGGAACAUGACGAGUUUACGGAUACAUUUGAUAUUAUCUCUCGCCUGAUAAUCCUCGUCGUCGUCGUCUUUGUAGCUUUCAUCACAUUCUGGUUCAUUAAAGGCAUCCAAUCUUACGAUCCAUCAAAAAUGAAGCCUUACUUAUUCUUCACUGGAACUUUCGUCAUCCUUUGUUUGUGCGCAGCAAUCGUGACUUUAAACUUCAUAACACUCAUGAUUGGUGUUGUUGAGCUUUACUUCUUCAUUUGUGCUUAUUCGCUGUAUUUUAAUUUAUUAAGUGACCCAAGCAUCCAGCAAGACGUGGUCUACAACAAUCCAGGUGCAUAUGGAUAUACCCAAGCACUUGAAUCUGAUGGACAUGUCAAUGGAGCUGUCAAUUAUCAAACUCAUCAGCAACAACCACAACAGACUGAUGGAUAUUAUAAUCAGGAAGGGUAUUAUGAAGAUGAUCGACAUGAACAGCAGCAGCCACAGCAGCCAUAUUAUAAUGGACAGCAAUAAACUUAAUCACUGAUCAGUUUCUUGACAAUAAAGCUAUUAAAAUGUAUUUCAAGAAUUAAUAAAAAAAA